AUGGAGAUAUUAUUGAAAUGUGCAUCACAGUCCGAUUCACCUAAUAAUAGUUAUGGUCCAAUUUUUGGUAAUCGAGAUUUAGCAAUUAUAAGUAAUAUCCUUAUAAGUGGUGGUCUUAAUUCUUAUCCUGAAGCAAAACUCUUUUUAAAUCCUCAACAAGAAUUAUUUAUUGAAGAUUACGAAGUUUUUAAGGUCAAUAAAUUAAUAAAUAGAAUUGAUCCAAGUCGU